CUACACUACACUACACUACAUCUUCCUCUACAACAACAGUCGAACGAACCAACACAACACCUCCCCUGCGUCCACCACCCGCAUCACAAUGCAUUGCGACUAGCCUACUUCUACUCAACCCGUCCCAAAGGCAAAAUGGUCAAUCUAACCACCACCGAGACCAUCCUGGCCGCCUACGAGGCCCUCCCCGCCUCCGCCCGCCCAACCCUCGCCCUCCCCUCCGCGCUCCACCUCGGCGACCCCAUCUCCCACGCCCAGGUGAUCGAGCUCGCAAGAUACUUCCGGGCGAACCCUUCACUUGCAUCUCAACAGGACGCCUCAAAUACACCCCCCAAUCCCGAACCCGAUCCCCGGCGCACACGAAGCCUAAACACCCUCCUCCGCGGCACGAAGGUCUACGUUCCUCCACCCCCGCCCAAACCCGAGCCGACAAAAGAAUACCUCGCCCACAAAUCCCGCCUCCUCGCCGCCGCCGAAGCAGACGCCUACAACCGGAUGACCAACCCUACCUCCCACGCCCUCCAAUCUUCCGCCUCCCCCGCCUUCAAGAGCAACCCGAUCUUCACAUCCAGCACCCCCCUCCUCGCCGCCUUACACGACCACCACUCCUCCGGCCCGGAAAUCGGCGACAAAGAGACCAUCACCCCCUCGCUGGUCCUGAAUAUCUUCCUGUCGGUGCUGAUCACCGGGUUCAGCGUGUUCUGGGCCCUGCAGGUUUGGGUCCCUGCCGGGGGGGCGGGAAGCGCCGGGGCGAAGGUGUUGGGCGCGAUGGGGGCGGCGCUGGGCGUGGGUGCGGCCGAGGUGGGGAUUUAUGCGAUUUAUCUGCGGAAGAUGCGCGUGGCGAGGGGGCGGGAGCGACGGGUGCGGGAGGUGAAGGUGGUGGUUGGGAGGGAGGUGGUUGGUGGGGGUGGUGGUAAGGAUGGUGGUAAGGGUGGGGAUGACGAUGGGGAUGGCGAUGGCGAUGGGGAGGAUGUUGCUGCUGGGACGGGUGUCAAGGAGGAGAUCUGGGGGAGGGGGGUGAAUGGUGGGGUGAGGAGGAGGGUGAGGGAACGGUGGGAGGAGAAGGAGAAGGAGAAGGAUAUGGAUAUGGAUGCAAGCAUGUAG